AUGCGGCCGCAAGGGCUGAAGCUCGCUCUCAUUCCCGAAUGGCAGCCAAGGCGAUCAGACCUAGGAGCUGACUUCAACAGCGGCACGAGCGUCGGCACGCCGGAUCCAAGGACGCCCACAGAGCGCCCAGUGAGCGGCGUCAGUGCACCACCAGCGGCACCCACCCACGUGCCCACCAGGAGCACGCACAGCGCGGCCACCGCGCCCUCAGCAGAGUCACCCGCGCCGUGCAGUGCCACCCACGUGGCCAUCAGGUGCCCACAGAGCGGCCACCUCGCCCUCCAUAGCGUCCACCGCGCCUCGCGCCCAACGAACGCCUACCAUCGGCGUCAGCGCCCCAUGGGCCGCGCUAUCAGCAGCGCCCCCCCACGUGUUCACCAGGAGCGCCCAACGAUCAGCGCCGCCGCUCACCAGCUGCGCUCACCGAGCGCCAUCAGGAGCGCCAAUCAGCCGCGCCCACAGAGCGCAAAAAACCCGUGCCAUCAACAGUACAACAGGCGCCCUCAGCAGCGUCCAGCCGUUCCCUCAGCAGCGUCCACCGCGCCGCCAGCAGCGCCGUCCACGGGGCAACGGGAGCGCCAGUCGCAACCACAUCGGUCGGCCACUGCCGCACGUCAGCAGCAUCUGCCGUGCGCCCCUGAGCCAUCGGCAGCGCCACCGCCCAGUGACUGGGGAAAGAAAACGUCAGAGGACGCAGAAUCAAAGCCAGAUCCGGCAGCUGCCGGACUGGAAGAGGACAGGUUUUUCACCGCAUCCGGGGGUGAUUCCACGACCGCAAACAUGGGGACGAACUACGACCCCGAUUGGCAUCCUUCAUCGGAGGAGGAGACCACAGCCCGGCUCUACGAGAGCGCUUUGGAGGCAAUAUACCCGGAAGCACCCACCCAGAGGACGUCCACCAGUCGGGCCACCUCACCGAUGCCCGGAAUUGAGGAUCACACGCUUCCCGUGCCCUGCUUAGGGAACCUACGGAAAAGCCCUGGACGGGAGAUACCGGCCGCCAACCCAGCCGCCCAUCUUCGGCACAGCCCUAUAUCCGCGGCCGAGUUCGCCGAGAAACUGCGAGGACGGGGCCUACCCUGGAGAACUAGGGCGUUGGAUAAGUCCUUGAUGCGCCACGUUAGCUCGCCACGGAAAUCACCCUCCCGAAAUGCGGACAGCGAUCAGUCUCCUGCUCAGACCCAAAGGCAAUCCCUGGAACAGACCAUGCGUGACAGUUUCGUAGAUUAGGGCUUCGAGUCGUGCUCUAAUGAUCCCAUGGACAUAAGUCCGAUGCGCCAAUCGUCGGUAGGCAUUUCAGACUCAAAGCCCUCCUGUUUUUCUACACCCGUAAAAGGUCGUCUUGCUUACAGUUCAGCGCAACAGCAACUGUUUAGCCCCAUACUCUCCCAAGAGCGUCCUCGACGUAGUUCUCUGGCCAUGCAGGUGAUUCGCGAAGGUCACCCCUUGGACCUUCAUGCCACCUGCAGCUCGCCAUCCUUAACUGAAAGUGACCGCGAUUUCCUUGCCAAUGCCCAGGCAGUCGAGGAUAACAGCACACAUGAUGAGAUUCCAGGCAGCCAUCCUCAGUCAUUGUUCUGGGUCACAUCAGGGGACUUUACCGUCUCUUUGGAAAUCUUCAGCCCAGAGCGCCUUCAACUGUUUUACGAGAGAUUCACCCAAAAAAGUUGGGAGACUCGGGAUCUGGCUUUUGGAAUCGACGGUCACCAGUUCACCCGCGGAGGUGCAAGCUCGGAGAGGACAGGCCGACAGUCGCUGCCCGAGCGCCCACUCAGUGUAAAGGACUGCUCCCACUACUGGUUUGCCAGCAGAGACCUUGCUGUGCCCUUCAGCGGAAAACUAAUGUCUGGCGAGAAGAAUGAACGGUUUUUCGCAUUCCUCAGCGGAGAGCAAUCUGAGUUACGUUUCGGCGUGGACCACAUUGAGUUUAGUAGCGGGCCAGAGUUCUGGCCCACCGCUCAGAAGUAUUCCAUUGAAAGUAGCUACAGCAUGCUGGUGGGACUGCAGACGGGCGCCAGCAAUGGCCUGGAAGGGCGCAGCAAGUACUCCUGGCCCAACAAAAGCAUCCACGUCAACAAGGCGAUCAAGACUAGUGACUUGGAUCGGACAGAAUUCGAGACCGACAGUUGCGGCAACAAUAUCGAAAGGAUGUCCUUUUCUCCAGACAUUUUUUCCCUCGACUACGACACAGUUCCACUUGCAGAUACCGCACCACCCGUGAUGUCCAUGCCGCAGAUGGUGUAGACCCUGAAACAGCAGCAAGGCAAACUGUGCAGCUUGGAGCGGCGCAUCCGCUCCUACUCGAAGCCCUCUAAUCUGGCGAAUACUACUUUGGAGCACUGCCGCAAUACGCUACAGUACGUUCACAAGCUACACUCUAUUAUCUGGGCCAUAGAUAACAUUGGCCGAGAUUAUGGUUUCCGCUGCUCGAUGGAGCAGCUCGAGAGUUUCAUGUAUUUUCUCUGCGAGUAUACGAAUGUAUGCCUAGCCAAAUGCAGCGAGCAUAUGGACAAGAUAAUCCUGCUAGGCCAAAGGGCCGUGGAGGUCUAG